CGGGAUCCAGCUUGUUGGAAAGCUUAGCGGUGCGGGCGAGACUUCUGGGUCCGUUUCUGGGGUCUAGGGGUCGCCUGAGUCUGCCGCUGCAGCCAUGGCGGCCUCCACCGCGGCCGGGAAGCAGAGGAUUCCCAAAGUGGCCAAGGUGAAAAACAAAGCCCCAGCUGAGGUGCAGAUAACUGCGGAGCAACUGCUAAGAGAAGCUAAGGAAAGAGAACUUGAGCUUCUUCCACCUCCCCCUCAACAGAAGAUCACAGAUGAAGAAGAGUUAAAUGAUUACAAACUAAGGAAGAGGAAGACUUUUGAAGAUAACAUAAGAAAAAACAGGACUGUGAUUAGUAACUGGAUAAAAUAUGCACAAUGGGAAGAGAGUCUAAAGGAGAUUCAAAGGGCUCGAUCCAUAUACGAACGUGCUUUGGAUGUGGACUAUCGAAAUAUUACACUCUGGCUGAAAUAUGCAGAAAUGGAAAUGAAGAAUCGCCAGGUCAACCAUGCCCGAAAUAUCUGGGACCGGGCCAUAACGACUCUGCCUCGCGUCAAUCAGUUCUGGUACAAGUACACGUACAUGGAGGAGAUGCUGGGGAACAUGGCGGGUGCCCGGCAGGUGUUCGAGCGCUGGAUGGAGUGGCAGCCAGAGGAGCAGGCCUGGCACUCCUACAUCAACUUCGAGCUGAGAUACAAAGAGGUGGAUCGGGCCCGCACCAUUUAUGAGCGCUUUGUUCUUGUGCACCCUGAUGUGAAGAACUGGAUCAAGUACGCCCGCUUUGAAGAAAAGCAUGGUUACUUUGCCCAUGCGCGGAAGGUGUAUGAGAGAGCUGUCGAAUUCUUUGGGGAUGAACAUAUGGAUGAACACCUUUAUGUUGCCUUUGCCAAAUUUGAGGAAAAUCAGAAAGAAUUUGAGAGGGUACGAGUGAUCUAUAAGUACGCCCUGGAUCGAAUUUCAAAGCAGGAAGCCCAGGAACUCUUUAAAAAUUACACCAUCUUUGAGAAGAAGUUUGGUGACAGGCGGGGCAUUGAAGACAUCAUCGUGAGCAAACGGAGGUUCCAGUACGAGGAGGAGGUGAAGGCUAACCCGCACAACUACGACGCAUGGUUCGAUUACCUGCGCUUGGUGGAAAGCGACGCAGAGGCAGAGACGGUGCGGGAAGUCUAUGAGCGAGCCAUCGCCAACGUGCCGCCUGUGCAGGAGAAGAGGCACUGGAAGCGCUACAUCUACCUGUGGAUCAACUAUGCCCUCUACGAGGAGCUGGAGGCGAAGGAUCCGGAGAGGACAAGACAAGUUUACCAAGCCUCUUUGGAACUCAUUCCUCAUAAAAAGUUCACAUUUGCCAAAAUGUGGUUACUGUAUGCACAGUUUGAAAUAAGACAGAAAAAUUUACCAUUUGCCAGAAGAGCUUUGGGAACUUCCAUAGGCAAAUGUCCAAAGAACAAGUUAUUUAAAGGUUACAUAGAACUGGAGCUACAGCUUCGAGAAUUUGACAGAUGCCGGAAGCUUUAUGAAAAGUUCUUGGAAUUUGGGCCUGAAAAUUGUACCUCUUGGAUUAAAUUUGCAGAAUUAGAGACAAUCCUUGGUGAUAUCGAGAGAGCCCGGGCCAUCUACGAGUUAGCCAUCAGUCAGCCACGCUUGGACAUGCCGGAGGUGCUUUGGAAAUCAUAUAUUGAUUUUGAAAUUGAGCAGGAAGAAACUGAAAGAACACGAAGUCUUUACCGACGAUUGCUUCAACGGACACAACAUGUCAAGGUAUGGAUCAGUUUUGCACAGUUUGAGCUGUCCUCAGGGAAGGAAGGAAGUUUGGCUAAAUGCAGACAAAUUUAUGAAGAGGCUAACAAAACCAUGCGAAACUGUGAAGAAAAGGAAGAGAGACUUAUGUUGUUGGAAUCUUGGCGAAGUUUUGAAGAUGAAUUUGGAACAGUAUCGGAUAAGGAGAGAGUAGACAAACUCAUGCCAGAGAAAGUCAAGAAGAGAAGAAAGGUCCAAGCUGAUGAUGGGUCGGAUGCAGGCUGGGAAGAAUACUAUGAUUACAUCUUUCCGGAAGAUGCUGCCAACCAGCCCAACCUCAAGCUCCUGGCCAUGGCCAAACUGUGGAAGAAACAGCAGCAGGAGAAGGAGCCUGGCGAGCAAGACCUAGAUGCGGACAUUGCCGAGCAGGAAUCCGGGCCUUCCUGUUCCUGUUGAGAGAUGUUUCAUUAUUUUUAUAGAUUUAUAGUUUAGAACUCUUGCAAUUCCUGUAAGUUUUUGGAUAUUUCACCAGUGAUUAAUUGAUGGGAAUCUUUGGCAGCUACUUUUGAAUUAUUUUUAAAAGGUUCUUGGGUUAGUUAGGGGUGGGUUGCAAGUAAAGGAAUUUUUUUAACUGUUAGAUUUCUUUGAGUCUCAACAUUUUGUGUUGUCCUAAUGCAUGAUGCAUUAGGAAAUCUCAUUAAGGUAACACUUAGCAUGUCUUUUUGGUGGAACUGCAAAAUUUUUGAAGUCUUUUUUUAGAAGUUGUCAGUUACAUUUCACAGUAACUUUUCAGGUGAAGUUUUCUCAUGCUUGCCUUCUUCAUAAAGAUGUUUUAUGCAUUCCUCUGAAUCCUGUAACUUAUUUACAUCUUAAGAGUCACACUGACUUGAGUUCCAUUCCCAGCUCUGCCACUUGGUGAUAUAUUACCUUUAUUUUCAGUUUCUUCACUCAUAAAAUGGGCAUUUGCCAGCUCAUUUUGAAGAUUAAAUUUUGAAAGGGAGUAUUCCUGGCACAGAGUAAGUGCUGAAUAAAAUGUUCAUUCCUGGCCACUUUCUUAAAUAUGUUCAUUCCUUGUGGAAUUGAAUGUGCUUAGAUUAAUUUAACUUCUAAAUAGCUACACCUUCUUAAUGGCCAUUUAUACUAAGUGUUUUUGAAAACAGCAGUUAGAAAAUAAUUUUACAGUUACUGCCGUAUUACCGAA